AUGGACGGUAGGGGAGGGUGUUGCAUAACAAGGUACGCCGUUGGAGCUGGACUGUACGAUCUCUCUAAAGCAGAUCGCAUCAUGCUUCGAUAUCGUCCCAUCGCUCCUAAACCAACCAGCGACGGCGGCAGAGUAAAACCGGUAUCCAGCGGAGAGAGUAGUGGUGGAGGAAGCUCCGACGUUUCUUUUAAAUCAGGUAGAGGAAAGAGGAAAUGCCAGCAGAAGGACAAUGGCGGUAACGCAAGGAGGUGCACUCGGCGGAGGAGAUCGGUUAAGUCCGUCGUUCACGGCGGUGCUGCUGCGGUGACUCUGUCUUUAUUGCCGGAGACGCCCGAUCAAGAUGCGUUUACAUAUCGGAAGACAUCGGUGGAGAAGGAGAAGCGACAGGGUCCAUUCUGGCUGAGUUUUAGCAGCGACGGAGGCGGCAGGAUGUAUCAUAGGGAAGAGGUUGUACGGAGGAGGACGGUGGUGAUUUCGUCGUGUAUGACGGUGGAGCGUGUAACGGACGCUUGGAUUGAUGGUUAUGGUUUAGGGAGGUCAGAUGAAGAAAGGAAAAUGAAUCUUGUGAGGGACACGUGUCCUGGUUUCAUAUCAGACGUUUUAGGGAAAGUGACGUGGACAAACGACGCGUACAGGAAGAUGGCGAGGGAUAAUAUUCCAGUGGAAGAAGGUGCACCGGAAAACACGAACGGCGAUAUUUUUCAGGUGACCGUACGGUUGGUAAUGAGGGAGAGGCCAAUGCUGACGUACCCGGCUUUCACAUGCAGAGUGAAACUACAGUACGCGUGUCAAGAUCGUGAGAUGAGAGGGUCCGUCACGGUGCCUUGCGACGUGUGGAGAAUGGAUUGUGGUGGUUUCGCUUGGAGGCUCGACGUCAAGGCUGCUUUGUGCCUUUGA